AAGCCUCUUCUUUUCCCUCCCACUAUCUUGUCCCAUCUUAAUGUCGUUUUCCUUGACAGAUUACAUAAAAAAUUAUUGCAUUUGCUAAUUUUGAAAAAAAAUCCAGCCAUACCCCUCACUGCAAUGCACUUCUCCCCUCGCUGCCAGACAACCAUCAUACGGACAACAAUAUGCCAUUGUAUCAAACAACCCCCUUCAUUUAAAACGAUCGAAAAUAAACACGAAAGGAAUAGAAGCCUGUUUCCGUGGUCAAUGGCUGCCUCCCGUUAAGCUAUUAUUGACUUUAGACCUGCAACCUCCCUCCGCGCUUGACUUUGUCUCACCCUUGCCCUUUUACCCUCUCGGUCAAAAUCCAGAUUCUCUACAAUAAUACCACUAAUCUCAUUACCUACCACUUUCAUUUUGUGGGCCUUUUGACUUUUUUAAUAUUUUUUUCAAUUAAUAAUCUUUAAGCUCACUUAUAUCCUUCUUCCCUUAUUUACCCACAAUCCUAAUAUGCCAUUUGAUCCUUCCUGGAUUGGUCGCAAUACAUGUCGAUAAGUUUCAGACAUUUGGGCUUUGCCAAUACUGUCUUAUGACGAAAGAAAACACUAGGAUCUGUGAUUACUACUAUGUUAGAGAAAUGGGUUUUGAGUAGGAUCAUGAAUCAGUAUGGGAAUUCAGUUGUAAAGAGGCAUGGUUUGCUUUUGGGUGGAUGACUGUGCCUGAUCGGUUUAUUAUCAGGGGCCCAUCCAGCUUGCUUUUGGCAUUAUCAAGGCAGCAAAGGAAAUAACAAUUAAACAACAGAUAGUAGCAGACGAGCACGAUUAUUCUUCUUCUUGCUUAAUUCUCUUGGGAAUGCCUAUGGAAACCCUGCAGCAGUUGCUAAGUAAUAUGUCUCUCUCAAUACAGUUACUUAGCUCACUGGGUGAGAAGGCAAGGUCCAAUCGGUCAAAUUGUCAUAACCUGGUUAGUCUGUUGAAGCUCUUAAAACCUCUAUGUGAUGAUCUUGGGAAAUCAAAUAUAGUAAUGACAGGACAAGUUACAAGAGCGCUCGAAGCAUUAGAUGCAGCCUUGAUUAAAGCAAGGGAUCUUGUGGAGAGAUGUGGGCCAAAAGGUAGCAAGAUUUACAUGGUCUUGCAUAGUGAACAGUUCCAGCCAAAGUUUGAGGGUAUUUCAUUAAAAAUAAGCAGCAUUUUGAACACAUUGCCAUUUGCUUCUUUACAUCUUUCUGAUCACACAAAAUCACAGGUUGAACACUGUGCACAGGAACUAAAAAGGGUAAAAUAUGCACGUGAGUCUUGUGAUGAACAAAUAGCAGCAGAUAUAGAAAAUGUUUUGAGGGAUCGGAGAGAAGGCCACAAGGUUGACAAUGAGAAACUUAAAAUGAUUGCAGAAGAGCUUGAAUUGAUAUCAAAUCAAGAUGUUUUGAAAGAGGCCUCUUGUCUGGAAAAGGAGAAAGAAUAUGCACGCACUGACAAGGACAAGCAGGAGGAAGAAUACAUCAAUCAAAUCAUUGAUUUAGUCAAACAGUUGUGCGAUUACAUGAUUGAACUCAAGCAAGCCCAAACUGAAGCAGGAGUCCCAAUCCCUGCAGAUUUUCGCUGUCCUCUUUCCUUAGAGUUGAUGUCAGACCCAGUGAUUGUGGCUUCUGGGCAAACAUAUGAGAGGGUGUACAUCCAACAGUGGCUGGAUCAGGGUAUGACAACAUGUCCCAAAACACUUCAGACCCUUAGCCACAAAAAUCUCAUUCCAAACUACACUGUAAAGGCAUUAAUUGCAAAUUGGUGCGAGUCUAACAAUGUCCCAUUGCCUGAGCCAGCAAAACUUCUGAUCAAUGUAUCUCCACGAAAUCAAACACAAAACAUAGAUUCUGAUUCUGGCUUUUUGCCGACUACAAAUAGUUUCAUGGUCAAAAGCUCAGACACUGAAGCUUCAUGUCAAAAAGAAAUUUCCUCAGAAGAGUUUGACCUUGAGAAGGAAAACUCGGGGUUUUUGUCAAGAUUCACUCCAGAACAAGGAGAAACAAGCACACAUAGAUCUUCUUUAUUUAAUGGCGAGCAUCAGAUACAAGUGUCAGAAGAAAUUUCCAACCAUGUUUCUGAUCAGAUACAAGGGCACAGCCGAAAUGUCUCUCUUUCAAGUACUGCUUCAAGUCUAGAUGAUGGGCAAACAUCAGCAGGUGGAGAUGCCCCUGUUUCAGAGGGGAAUACAGCUUUAAGUGACUGCUCUCCAUACAGCAGUGAUGUUUCUGGAGAGUUAGCCACACCAUUGUCCAAUGCACGUUCACAUCGUAGUGACAUAGGAACCUCCAGAUUAUCUGAAAGAGUAUUCCCUGGUGGGCACAUCCCAAAUUUGUGGGGUCGACGAACGGAGGACCGGACUACUGUGCCUUCAAUUUCAUCUUCCACAUUAGCUGAUUCAGAUGGUGAUGUGUCAAGCAUUCGUCUACAAGUUGAAAAGUUGGUAGAAGAUCUACAAAGUGACUCUUUUGAAAUUCAAAGGGAAGCUGCAGGAGAGCUACGUCUUCUUGCUAAAUACAAUAUGGAAAAUAGGAUCACAAUAGCAAACUGUGGAGCAACCAGGCAUUUGGUUCGGUUGCUUAGCUCUUUAGACUCAAAGACUCAAGAGAAUGCCGUGACUGCUUUGCUGAACUUAUCUAUAAAUGACAACAAUAAGACUGAGAUUGCUGCUGCAGGAGCAAUUGAACCUCUAAUAAAUGUUCUUAGGGGAGGUAAUCCUGAAGCAAAAGAGAAUGCUGCUGCAACUUUAUUCAGCUUGUCAGUUAUGGAAGAAAAUAAAAUUGCCAUUGGGCAAUCUGGUGCUAUACCACCUUUAGUGGACCUCCUAAUGAAUGGCACUCCCCGAGGAAAGAAGGAUGCUGCCACUGCUUUAUUUAACUUGUCCAUCUUACAUGAGAACAAAGGCCGCAUUGUACGAGCUGGUGCUGUUAAGCAUCUUAUUGAACUUAUGAACCCUGCAGCUGGAAUGGUAGAUAAGGCUGUUGCUGUUUUGGCCAAUCUGUCGACCAUUCAAGAAGGUCGCGCUGCUAUAGGUGAGGAGCAUGGCAUUUCUGCUUUGGUGGAAGUAGUUGAAAUAGGGUCUCAAAGGGGAAAGGAAAAUGCUGCAGCGGCUCUUCUCCAACUUUGUACAAAUAGCAAUAAGUUCCGAGCUCUGGUUUUACAGGAAGGUGCCAUUCCACCUCUAGUUGCAUUGUCUCAAUCUGGAACUCCACGAGCAAAGGAGAAGGCACAAGCUCUUCUUCGACAUUUUAGGGAUCAGCGUCAUGCAGGUCUGGGGAGGGGUGCUGACAGACACAUGGAUAGGCAUUUUGAUCGGAUGUGAUAGUUUUUCAAGUGCUAAAUCUUCUUUCUGCCGCUCCUUCAGUCAUUUCAUUCAUUGCAUUACUGUUGGCAAUGGUACCAACCUCGCCUUCCACCCAGGGUAGUGGUUUUCAUCACAUUAUGCCUCUAGUUUGUUGUCACAGAUGCCUUCUGCAUUUUAUUUACAAACCUUUUUGUUGUGGUUUCAUCACCUCACAAAUGAUAACUGUUAGCAGUCAGAAACCUCUUGUAUCACUUGAUUGAAAAAUUAUUUCGAGGAAGGCCUUGCUACUUCUAUCACGAGGGAGGAUUAUGUAGAUGUCAAAGAUAUGGCAGAUGGAACUAGUGAAUACAAUACAGUAAUAUACCAUCAUUGCCACCAUUGUCGUUGCCACCGUUUAUUUAGGGUAUCAUUUGAUAAUAUUUUGAGCUUGAGAGAUGUGCCAAAUUUAUCAAAUUUGAGUUCUUAAGUGGAUUGAAUCUGUAGAAGCUUCGUGCUUUUAAUUUUUCUUAGGGACAGUUAAAGGCCUUAGGUUGUUUAGUUGGUCUUAUCUUCAUUUCUUUGGGUUUCUAUUUUUGGCAAUUUGUUAAGAAAUGUCAAAUAUGAUUUAUUUUGGUGGAUUGGCUCCAGUUGCUGGUUUUCAGGCAAUUCACUGGUUGAUUAUAAGCAUGGUAUAUGCUUUUAGGCAAAAUCAAGAAAAGGACAUUGAUUCAGGAAAUUGAAUCUGGGAAAUACUGGAAAUGCCUGCAGAUGAUUUAUGAACUACACCCUUACCAUUCCAGUACACUCCCUAUCAGUGCACUGUAUGUUCUAUGCACGUGAAUCCUCUCCUUGAGUUGAACAUUCUCAUGCUCAAAUCUUUUUAUAAAGAAUGGAGCUUUUUGUACUCAAAACUGGUAAAGUUGUACUAUAUGCAAUUGUGUUCUUUUCGUCUAAAUGAAUGAGAUAUGAUGCCCUAUUCUGUUAGAGGCACAUUAUAUUCUAA